AAAAACAACUUUAUUAAAAUUCAUAAAUACACGCACUUCCGGCGCCGAUCCCUGACGUCAUUUCAGUGUCACCGCUCUGUUGUUUUUAAAAAAGAACGUCUGUAACGUUUGUGCGCCGGUGAGACUACAGUUCCCAGGGUGCACUGCGGCCGAUAGAUUGUAAACACCAAUGGAGGCUGAAGGACGAAGACAGUGAUGAUUGUGUUUGUGCGGUACAAUCUGGGGCCCGGAGUGCCGAUGGAGCUGCAGGAGGAGGCGAGUGUGGCCAAGCUGAAGGAGGUGGUGGGGAGUCAGCAGGGAGUCAGACCGGAGCAGCUCAGGGUGCUGUUCGCUGGGAGGGAGCUGAGGAGCACCGCCACACUGCAGAGUUGUGACCUCCCGGAGCAGAGUACCGUCCAUGUUGUCCUCCCUCCAUCGGGUUCCUCCUCCUCCCACCUGCUACUCCUGCAGGAGCGCUUGGCUCGAGGAGGGGAGCAGGAGCACAACAGUCUGACCAGGCUGGACCUCAGCUCCUCGCGCCUCCCCUCCACCUCCUCUGGCCUGGCAGUGAUCCUGGAGGGGAAUAAUGAAGGAGCAGAGGAGGUGCAUGCUACAGGUUUGAAAGGUGUGCGUACCUGCAGUACUUUCUUUGUGUACUGUAAGAGCUGCAGGUCGGUGCAACCAGGAAAACUGAGAGUGCGCUGCAGCAGCUGCAGACAGUCGACACUGACGCUCAGCAGGGAUCCAGCUUGUUGGGAUGAUGUUCUCCUUCGAGGUCGUAUCCAUGGCAUGUGUCAAUCAGAUGGUUGUCAUGGCAACGAAGCGGAUUUCUACUUUAAGUGUGCGACCCAUCCUACCUCAGAUGACGACCUCUCUGUGGCCCUCGACCUCAUUAUAACCAACAGCAGAGACGUCCCCUGUAUCGCCUGCACUGACAUCAUGGACCUGGUCCUGGUCUUCCAGUGUUCGGAGCGUCAUGUGAUCUGUGUGGACUGUUUCCGUCGAUACUGUCAGACUCGACUAAACGAGCGACAGUUUGUUUAUCAUCCUGUGAUUGGCUACUCGCUGCCGUGUGCUGCCGGCUGCGUUGACUCUCUUAUUAAGGAGUUGCAUCAUUUCAGGAUUUUGGGAGACGAUCAGUGGUCUGUUUCAAAGUAUGGGCGGUACCUGCAGUACGGGGCUGAGGAGUGCCUGCUGACGAUUGGAGGAGUGAUGUGUCCGUCACCUGGCUGUGGGGCAGGGCUUGUACCACCUGAGGAUGACAGGAGGGUGGAGUGUGACAGACAGCUCGGCUGCGGGUUCGUCUUCUGCAAAGACUGCAGGGAGGGGUACCACGAGGGGGUGUGUCACACUGAGCCGGCCCGGCCCACAGGUGAAGCCUCACAGGGUUUUGUGGUAGAUGAGGAGGCGUCGCUCAGAGGGAGGUGGGAUCGAGCCUCCCUGCUGCUCCUGCAGGAGUCGACUAAACGCUGCCCUCAGUGUUCAGUUCCUGUGGAGAGAAACGGAAAGGAGGGUAAACAUGUUUUUUAUGCUCUGAACCACAAUCUGUUCGCAUCCACUCUGAAGUAUCAUAAAGGCAAUGCCUUUCAUCAGCAUGUUAAUGAAGAAGUGUGACAGUAAAUGGUCAAACUUACAACGACUCUGUCUUCAUUGGCUACGGUUUAACUUGGUGUUUAGUCAGAGUUUCAACACCCUGCACGAGAACACUACAGGGGUCAUGUGAGCACCAUCUCAAAAUCUUUAUUUCUUCCCGCAAGCCGCUUUUACUUACAACAGCUAGCCAGGUUUUAAGACUUAAAUAAUCCAUUUAUUAUUUAUUUCCAUUAAGUUUCUAAUCCAUCUUUCAUCCCCUAUCCUCACCUGAAUUGGUAUAUUCCCUGAUAUUCUUUCUUCAAUUUCUUUCCAUCUCGCCUGGUAUUCAGAGUUGCACCAACAAAACAAGAUCCUCAAUUGGGCUGAAAUAUAAUCUUUUAGGCAUGGGAGUGCAAGUACUCCUUUAUACUUCGAUAAUUGGAGAGUUUGAAAUUUUAUCCUUGGCUUUUCCCCCUGCCAGAUAAAUCUUGAUAGUAAUUUGUCCCAUUCAUUAAAUUGUUUAUCAUUUAUUUCAACUGGAAGAAUCUGGAACAGAUAAAGUAUUCUUGGUAACAUGAGGUCAAAGACUGUCGAUCCUGUUUAGCUUUCCUCAACCUGUCUGUUCAGACAAAAGGCUUCUUCAAUCACACCUCUUCCUCUUUACACAGCUGAUCAAAGUCUGAGUUAAUCAGAACAGAUAAAUUGUAAUAAUAAAUUCAAAAUGACUCUUCUGAUACUUAAACAAACCAUAACAUAUAUAUCUCAUCAGCUAAAUAAAUUAUCUACACUCUAAAAUAAUUAAAUACAAAAAUUGGCUCCAACAUUCCAGCUCCUAAUUGCUUGAAUCUUAAAUGUAGCAAUUACAAAUAACUUAAAUACAGCCAAUUUUAAAUGCAUAUAUCCUUUUUCAUACUAACAAAAAAUGUCCAUUCUUUUAACUAUUCUUCAGACUCCAGGAGUAGGCAAAGUUUGUUGACAGGUCUCUGUAGGAUGCUAGUUUUAGUUUGAACCAAGACACUGCAAACCAGUCCUUUGCUUCCUGGAAAAGUCUGUAAAAUCCGUCCUAAGACACAGGAGUUUCUUGGAACAGAGUCAUCUACAAUCAUGACAAGGUCUCCGGGUUGAAAAUUCCUUUUGGGGUUAUUACAUUUGUUCCUUCUUUGCAUGAUAGGGAGGUAUUCUCUGACCCACCUCCUCCAAAAGAGAUCUGCCAGAUAUUGCACCUGUCUCCAUCUUCUCCUGGAGUACAGGGCUUCCUUAUUGAACAGUCCAGGAGGCAUGAUGGGUUUUGUUUUAAGAAGAAGCAGAUGAUUGGGUGUUAAAGGUUCCACAUCAUUCAAGUCAUUUGUUACAGAUGUGAUGGGUCUAUCAUUCAUUAUUGCUUCCAUUUCACAUAAGGCUGUUUGCAAAGUCUCAUCAUCCAGGCCUUAUUCUUUUAUCACAGAACAGAGGAUCUUUUUGAGUGACUUUAUAAGUCUCUCCCAUACACCACCGUGAUGAGCACCUGAUGCUGGGUUAAAAAAUCCACUUUAUACCACCAAGGUUUCUUUGGAUUUUGCAUUGACUUAAUUCUUUCCAUGAUUGUUCAAGCUCCCUUUCUGCACCAAUAACGUUUGUACCUUGAUCUGAUUUAAUCAUUUUUUACAGUACCUCUACGGCAAAGGAAUCUGCGUAUUGCAUUGAUGCAGGAGUUAGUGUCCAAGCUGCUGGCUACUUCAAGAUGAACUGCACGGCUGGUUAGGCAAGUGAAAAUUACACCCCACCUUUUAACAUUGGUUCGACCUCGUCUUAUCACAAAAGGUCCAAAAUAAUCCACACCAACUGAAGUGAAAGGUGGUAAAUCUGGUAUCACACGAUCUUGAGGGAGAUCUGCCAUCUUCUGCUCUCUUACUGUGGACUGCAUUCUUCUACAGAAAAAACAGUUUCUGAUUAUUCUACGGGCCGAAGAGUUUGCAGAGGGCAUCCAGUACUUUUGUCCCAUUUUAGAUAGCAUGAGAUUUCUACCAGAAUGGCCAACUUGGAUGUGUAUGUGUCUUAGAAUGAUCUCUGAUAUGUGGGAUUUUUUGGGCAAGAUUAUGGGAUUCUUAAUGCUUACUGGCAUGGCUGAUCUGUUGAUUCUUCCUCCCACUCUCAGGAUACCUUGGUCGAGGAUUGGAUCAAUUUUCAGUAUGGAGCUGUCUUUCGUGCAGGGUUUUACUCUUUCAAGGAGAGCAAUGUCCUGUUUAAAGUGUUGCUGCUGUUCAAAUACCAAUAUGGCUCUUUCAGCAUUUUCCAUAUCCUCCACAGUUCGGAGCGACCAGUGCGCUCUCUCAAUAUGUAGCGCAGUAGUGGGGGGGAGCUCCAGACCCUUCAUUAAUAAAUCUUCCAAAAAAGAAAUCAUUGUGCCGACAUUAUCUUCAGCUCCUUCUUUUACCCCAUGUAGCCUGAUGUUAUCACGUCUUGAAUGUCCCUCCACUUCAGUCAAUUUAGCAUCCAUCUGCUCCUGAAGUUUCGCCAGCUGCGCCAAUACAUCCUCCGUUGACUAGAUCCGUGUCUCUGCCGUAGUGAUCCGCUCCUCGGUUUCUUCCACUCUUUUGUUCAUUUUGUUAAUAUCUUCUUUAAUGCUGUUACAAAUUACAAAAUUACAAACAUGUCUUAAGGACAUAAAAUCCUGGAUGAGCUGCAAUUUUCUGAUGUUAAACUCAGAAAAAAACAAAAUUCUUGUACUUGGCCCCAAAAACCUUAGAGACUCACUGUCUAAAGAUAUAGUUACUCUAGAUGGUAUUACCUUGGCCUCUAGCACCACUGUCAGGAAUCUUGGAGUUAUCUUUAAAUUUGUCAUUUAAUUCCCACAUAAAGCAAACCUCUAGGACUGCAUUCUUUCAUUUACAUAAUAUUACAAAAAUUAGACACAUCCUAUCACAGACAGAUGCAGAAAAACUAAUCCAUGCAUUUGUUACUUCUAGGCAGGAUUACUGCAACUCUUUAUUAUCAGGUUGCCCCAAUAAGUCCAUUAAAAUGCUCCAAUUAAUUCAGAACACUGCAGCACGAGUACUGACAGGAACUAGAAAAAGAGAUCACAUCUCUCCUGUACUAGCUUCUCUGCAUUGGCUCCCUGUAAAAUGUAGAAUAGAAUUUAAAAUCCUCCUCCUCACCUAUAAAGCUCUUCAUGGUCAGGCCCCUUCAUAUCUUAAAGAGCUCAUAGUACCCUAUUACCCCACUAGAACACUACGUUCUCUGAAUGCUGGGCUACUUGUGGUUCCUAUAGUCUCUAAAAGUAGAACAGGAGCCAGAGCCUUCAGUUACCAAGCUCCUCUCCUGUGGAACCAGCUUCUAGUUGUCGUUCAGGAGGAAGACACCCUCACCACAUUCAAGAGUAGGCUUAAGACAUUCCUCUUUGAUAAAGCUUAUAGUUAGGGCUGGAUCAGGUGAGUCCUGAACCAUCCCUUAGUUAUGCUGCUAUAGGCUUAGACUAUCGGGGGAUUUCCCAUGGUGCACUGAGCUCCUCUCUUCCUCUCUCUUUCUGCACCCAUUUAUGUCCCAUUAAUGCAUGUUACUAACUUCACUUCUUCCCUGGAGUUCUUGUGCUUUUUUGUCUUGCAGGUUCUCAUGGAUCCUGAUGGAGCCUCCUGCCAUGGUCCUGCUUGACUGCCAUUGCUUAUAUAACUGAUAUUACUGUUAUUAUUAUUAUUAUAAGUAUUAUUAUUGCUACGGUUACUGUUGUUGCUGUUGUCACUGCUCAUUGUCCCCCAUCGUUGCUUUUGUCAUGUUCAUCAUCAUCAGUCACUACUAUUAGUGUAGUUGUUGCUACUGUUGUUGCUGUGCGACUGUCUGUCUCUCUCUCUGUGUGUCUCUCUCUCUCUCUCUCUCUCUCUCUCUCUGUCUCUCUCUCACCCCAACUGGUCGAGGCAGACGACCACCCACCCCCCCGUCGCCAAGGUCUUGCUCAUGGUGGUACUGUUGGGUCUCUGUAAUUAAUGUUAUAAGGAGUUCAGUCUAGACCUGCUCUAUUUGAAAAGUGUCUUGAGAUUACUUCUGUUAUGAAUUGGCGCUAUACAAAUAAAAUUUAAUUGAAUUGUUUAA